CAAAACUUUGAGUCUGAUGUCGAAAGUGUGCGUCUCUCUGUCACUCAUCGCUUUGGUUGUUUCUCUCUUCGUUUACUGCUUAUUUCCGGAACUAUGGAAAUCACUCCGCGUUUCAAUCCACAAAAACUUGGUUGUUAACAUGAUUUCGAUGCAAUCACUCUUUCUUUUUGGGAUCGACAAGACAGGCAACAAGAUCAUAUGUGCAGUCGUUAGCGUUCUUCUUCACUUCACUGCGCUGAAUACAUUCACCUGGAUGUUUGGUGAGGCGGUAUACUUGCUUUUCAAAGUUUCCACAUCAGCCCCCAGGCAACACAACCGACUUCGAAAUUACAUGACAGUAUGCUAUGGUAUUCCCCUUAUCAUCGUUGUCAUUUCUUCGGCUGGAUUCACAUCCGAAUACAAUGAUGGUGACAGUUGUUGGCUUGGUCAAGAAAGAGGAAUGAUAUGGGCAUUUGUAGCACCAGCAUUAUGCAUUGCUACGGGUAACACUGGAAUAAUGUGCAUUGUUGUGAGAAUAAUCUAUAAACGAGCAGGUAAUAUGGUAGGAAAACCAGCGGCAGCGAGGAACAAGUUUAAGCAAUUGAGAAAAGCUACUCGUGGUACAUUAAUGCUGCUACCAAUAAUGGGUAGCGCGUGGAUCAUUGGACCGUUUGCUGUCAGUUCGGAUACUGAAUUCCUUGAUUACGUAUUCAACUUGUUAAACGGCUCACAGGGUAUCUUCAUAUUCCUUAUCUACUGCGUCUUUGAUAAUGAGACAAAUGAGUGUUUUAAAAAACGAUUCAAGAAAAACGAAGUAACCCCAGCGACGGAAAUGACGCAAAACCAGUGAAUAUAUACACAACUUUUUGGAUUGAUAUUCAGUAUACUUAACUUGUAGUAGUUAAAAGCAAAUGUAAGAUGCACUAUAUUUUAGAUGUGAUUAAUGCGUCUUAAUAAAAUUGUAUGUGGUAAUAAUAGUAUUUCUAAAAUUAUCAAAAACACAUUUUUAUAUGUGUCUCAUUCGCAGUUUAUUGAAAAUAAGUAUAAAGAAGAGGGUGUAUCUUACCGUCUAGUUCAUACGACCCUAGUAGUGCUAAGUAGUAUUAAGACGUUAUUGAGAUACCUUGUGUGUUUAAAAUUUGUAUUUUGAAUGGAACUGAUGAUUAGUGUACUUAGCAAUGCCAACUUUAUUUGUUUUUGUUACAGUAUAUAUAUAAUGUCUAUAGAGGCUUAACAUUUUGAAUCAAGAUGUAGAAAUAACGAAAUAGGGCCUGUUUUUGCUGCUUUUCCUAAAAAUACGGUAUAAAAUAUACCGUAUAAAGUAAAUAUACCGUAUAAAAUACGAUAUCUGAAAUCCAGCGUCCAGUUUCUACUAAAAGUACUUCUUGGGUGGUCUUUUUUAAUAGGUCCACUUUUAUCGAAAAUGCCUUUCGUGAGACGGAAGUUUGGAUUGACCUGUGUAGUGGGUUUUUUAUUUUCUUCUUCUCGAUAAACAUGGUUCUUUAAAGAACGUUGUAAUUUUAGUUUCAUCAAUUUUAUCUAUAAUUAAAAUAGAUGAAAAUAAAAUUCUUUUAGUUUCAUCUAUUUUAUCUAUAGUUAAAAGUUUCAAUCCCCCAACUUCUCCUACAGAAUAGACAUUAUUGGUGUUAUUUAGUAUUGGCUAAUAUCGUUAGUAUUUUCAGUCCACAUUUCGCAUUAUUUUUCGCUUUUCCACGACAGAAAAAUCAAAACAACCCGCGUUAAGCUCUGACUCUUGACCUCAUGUCAGGGGUCGGCACAAAAUACGGUAUUUUUAUUGGCAGCAGAAAUAGGGUAUGAAAAAUACGGUAUCUGUUGCAAAAUACCGGAUCCACAAAAAUAAUGGGGAAAAAUACGGUAUAAAAAAUAUGGUAUAUUUUUGUGAGCCCCGUUUCUGCUGCAAAAGAAAAUACCGUAUUUUAAAAUACCGUAUAUAUACGGUAAUUUUUUGGCAGCAGAAACAGGCCAUAGAAAAAUGUAGUCAAGAAAAGAAGUACAGUUUGGCGCAAGUGUAAAACUCUCCUUCUAUAUUAAAUACACUGUACGUUAACAUUAGUAAAUGGUUGUUAAUAAUUAAAGGAAAGGAAGGAAUGCAGUGUAAUUGUGAGUACGGUAUUCACCAUAGAAAAAUAAUUGAAAAGAGCUAUUACAAUAAAGGUGGUUUAAAUGGUAAGAUGCCUUUUGGUAUAAAUAUUCAUUUUGGGUACCGUGAGAUAAUAUUAUAAGUACAGUAGUAGAUAUAACGCUUCACAAGUUGACCUAAUGUUUGUAGAUGAAGAGAAUUGUUCAUUGUUGUGUUGUAUUGGUCGCCAGUACGCAUUUGAUAUUGUUGUUACUGUAUUUAAUAGGCCAAAUAUUUACAGUUGAAAGUUAGGCUUUACUAAGAAUUGAGAUCUUCUUCUUGUCCAGUUUACUCACAAGUUCAUGAUCCGUAAAGCCAGGGGUAAUUUCACUGCUCCCUGGUAGAACAAUGUCAAGUUAAAUAUAAACAUUCGACAUUACGAUUCUCGUGUGUAGUGGUGUGAAAUGAUUAGAAGAAACAGGGCUGUGAAUUACGUUGCUCCGAAUUACGUUGGAUCAUGCGUAUCAAAUCAUCACAUUCACCAAGCACUAAUCUCUUAAUCACCCAAGCAGUCUACUAUUAUAUAACAAACUGUUUAUCUAGUGCUUCACCCAGUCAUUAUUUUUUAUCGUUGUCUCUUGAGGAAGUCCUGAGUACAGGACGAAAUAUUCACGUCAAAUAAAAUAAUGUUCCUGUAAUACGUCAACUGUGUAUAAUUUUUUUAUCGUA